AUGCACAAGGCCUUUGUGAAAAGCCUAACUGAUGGGGGGAAUCCUUUCCUGGAAAUUGCUGGCUGUGGUAAGGCUAACUCCUCCACUCCUAACAGCACCAAUGGGGAGCUGUUUCCCUGGAAUGAGCUCCGACUCCCAGCCAGUGUACGGCCUGUGAACUAUGACCUCUCCUUGACCCCUAACCUGACUUCKAUGACCUUCACUGGCCGCACUGUCAUCAACAUGACAAUACUACAUGACACCAAGCGCAUAGUUCUGCACAGCUCUGAACUCAUUAUCACCAAGGCAACCUUCCAGGUUGGAGAGGAUAAGAGUGUUGAGGUGAAGGUGUUGGAGUAUAAACCAUGGCAGCAGAUAGCUGUCAGCUUCCCAGAGGAUCUGAAGGUAGGCCAGGUGUGUGUGUUAACGUUGGACUAUGCAGCCAACCUCUCACACACCUAUGACGGCUUCUACAACAGCUCCUACAACGACAAGACUGGAGCCAAGAGGGUCCUAGCUGCCACCCAGUUUGAGCCCCAGGCAGCCAGGAAGGCCUUCCCCUGUUUUGACGAGCCGGCCUUUAAAGCCACUUUCCUGGUCAGGAUCACAAGGGAGCCUGGAUACAUCACUCUGUCCAACAUGCCCCAGGCUAAGACGACUACAUUACCCAGCGGCCUGUUGGAGGAUGAGUUUGAGCAGACUGGCAUUAAUAUGAGCACCUACCUGGUGGCCUUCAUCGUAGCCAACUUCACCAGCAUCACUAGAAACGUUUCCAAUACACUGGUGUCAGUGUACUCUGUGCCAGAGAAGAAGGAACACACACACUAUGCUCUGGACACAGCCUCCAAGCUGCUGCACUUCUACAACACCUUCUUUGAAAUCGUCUACCCUCUGAGGAAACUAGACCUGGUGGCUAUCCCAGACUUUCUGGCGGGAGCGAUGGAGAACUGGGGUCUGAUCACCUUUAGAGAGACCAGCCUGCUGGUGGAAAACCAGUCCUCUCCUCUCGACAAACAACUCAUCGCUAACGUCGUAGCCCACGAGCUCGCUCACCAGUGGUUUGGGAACCUGGUGACGAUGCGUUGGUGGAAUGACCUGUGGCUGAACGAAGGCUUCGCCACCUACUGGCAGUACACGUCCCUAAUGACAGAGUUCCCACAGCUGGACCUAGGCAAUGUGUUCCUGGGGGUGCGCUUUAAGGCCAUGGCCAAAGAUUCUUUAAACUCCUCCCACCCAGUGUCAGUGUCAUCCCAGGUGACCACACCUGAGCAGGUGUCUGAGAUGUUUGACUCUGUCACCUAUGAGAAGGGUGCUUCCCUCCUGCUGAUGUUGAAAACCACUCUGCCAGACGGUCAGUUCAGGAAAGGACUCAUGGAAUACCUGGAUAACUACAGAGGAUCUAACACUGUUACUGAAGACCUCUGGAACAGUCUCACCCAGGCCCAGGUGCUUCCCCAGCAGGAGAGUGUGUCAGACAUGAUGAGAACAUGGACGCUGCAAAAAGGCUUCCCAUUAGUCACCGUCAGCCGCAAGGGUGGUCACGUGACGCUCACACAGGAACACUUCCUGUUCUCCGCAGACAAUGCCACACACACCUCUAACCUGUGGCAUAUCCCUGUGACGUAUGUGAAUGACAGCUGUAGCUCUGCCCCUUCCUGCAGACAGAUCUUCACGCUAAGAAAUAAGACAGCGACUCUGAAUGUGUCGGACAGUGUGAAGUGGCUGAAGUUGAACUACAUGAACACAGGCUUCUAUAUAGUUCACUAUGGAGACGAGGGCUGGGCCACUCUCAUAGAUGCUCUUAAGACUGAUAUCAACAUACUCACACCCCACGACCGCGCUUCACUCAUACACAACAUCUUUGCCCUGUCCAGGCUGGGUCGUGUGUCCUUCCGUCAUGUUUUAAAUCUGUUGGAAUAUGCCACCAAUGAGACUGAGACUGUUCCUCUGACAGAGGCCCUGUCACAGCUCAGCUCUGUCUACAGACUACUGGACAAGAGACAGGAGCAAAGACUGGUGGCCCGCAUGAAGGUGUACAUUUGGGGUCAUUUUGGCCAGCUGAUGGACAGUCAGGACUGGGGAGAGGAGGAGAGUGUGUCCAGACAGGAGCUGAGGUCAGCCCUGCUAGAGAUGGCCUGUAGUCUGGGACGGCAGAACUGUACUGACCAGGCCACGGCCCUCUACGACCAGUGGACCAACUCCAACCAAACCAAACAGAUCCCAGGUGAUCUGCAGCGAGUGGUGUUCUCUGUAGCGGCCCAGUCUGACCUCAGAUGGCAUACUCUCAUGGAGGCCUACAGUUCCACCACGUAUGACUCUGAGAAACGCAAGAUACUGCAGGCCCUGGCCUCCACACAGGACCCACAAAGCAUCGUAUGGAUUCUGAGCGUGGGGCUCGAGGGAGGGAUUAUCCAGACCCAGGAGCUGCCAUUGGUCAUCAGCACCAUGAGCGAUGGCUUCGUUGGCCACUUGUUCGUCUGGGACUUUGUCAAAGAGAACUGGGACAGGAUCAUAGAGAAGUUCCCAGUGGGGUCCUAUCCCAUCCAAAGCAUCAUCAAGUCCACCACCUCCCAGUUCUCCACUCAGACACACCUGGAGGAGGUCCAGGGUUUCUUCUCCAGUCUGAAGGAGCGGGGGUCUCAGAUGCGUAGCGUCAAGGAGGCUUUAGAGACCAUCAGACUGAACCAGCUCUGGAUGGACAGGAACCUCCCAACACUCAGAAUCUGGCUCUAACAUGGCUGCUUGGCAACUGUCGCUCCCGGCAACCUGCUCCGAGCGCCAAGUUGCCAUGGCAACAGCAGUGUUUGCACUAUAGUAGGGCUUGUGUCUCAAAUGACAUCAUAUUCCCCAUAUAGUGGCUACUUUAUUUUUCACUAUGAUCAAGAGUAGUUCACUAUAUAGGGAACAGGGUUUCCUAUGAGUUGUAGUAGCCAGCUCAGGGUUGCUCUAGAGAUUGUGUAUCUGACCCCGUAUCAAUCGGACUCUAACUCCUCUCUCUCUAUGCUGUCGACCAAACCUUCACACCGCUUUCAUCACAACAGCAUGCCUGGACACACAGCAGAGUGUCUUUCUUUCAAACUCAACGUGCUUCACAAAUGACUGUCCUACUGUCUGGGGGAGGAUGGGGAGAUGGGAGAAUGUCUGUUGAAGGCCAGAGUAAGGCUACAGAGCUGCCACACAAUACAAAGGGGUUAGGUGACCAUGUACAGUAGGCACGCUCAGCAGGCUACAGCCAGAACGUGUAUAUGUUGAAGGAAAAUACCUUACUGUUUAGAUCAGUGGUGUCCCCCCAAAAAUGUGGGACUAAAAAUGACUAAAACUAAAUUUAAACUGUGUAAAAAUGUUAAUGGCGCUAUAUUUAUACCGUUUAUUGACUGUCCAGCUCACUAAUAAUAACUGAAAUGAAAACUAGACAGUCGGGGAGCAUCAAAUUCUCAAAAUGAUGGAUAGAGGACAAUUUGUUUUGCAGAUUUUGGCACUUUUAAAAUAUCUUUGUUUUUAAAGAGCGAAUGCGGCCCUCAGGGCAACAUUAGUUUGAGACCCCGGGUUUAGAUGCUCCCAAAGUUAAACUACCACAUUUCCACCACUGUCCGUCUGUUAGACCUCAAGAAGUGUUUUGGUCUGUUGGUAUAAACCAGGGGACAACGUUUGGUUUGGCCAGCAAGGACCACUAGGGGGCCCACGACUGACUUCCUUUUUUUAGGAAGUCAGUCGGGUUCACAACUUACUGUUACUACCAGCAUAGUAGAAAACAUAACGUGUCAUUUCAACAUUUGGUAGUGCCUCAGCAGUUUUCCUCUUGUUAUGUCAGUCAAUCAACUAGCCCAUGUCAGCUAACAUCCAUUGCUAAGUAAGUUAGUCUAGCCAGCUAUCUAAACCUUGUAGUAAUCAUGGCCGAAUUACUGACUGGGCAUCCAAGGCACGUGUCCAGGGGCCCUGAGCUCCAGGGUGCCCCUCAUUUCAUUUUGUUAUUCACUCUCACAGAUAUCAUAGGAACAUGGCAUAAGCCAUAGCAAAAUGUGUAGAACUGCAGGGAAUUWGCAUUAAAUGUGGCAAAAUAUGUACAAUCACAUGAAAUUAGUCAUGUUGAAUUGCUGAAAAUCUGCUUUAACAUAUUGGCAAUCAGAAUGUGUUGUUAGGUGUCAAGUUAUACGGCUAUGAUUUGAUUCAUGUUUCAYGACCCUAAAAAGCUGUUUCCCUUUUUAUAUUUCUAAAUAAAUGAUUCCUUUGUUUGGGCCGCAGCUCAUCACUCAGAUUAUAUUUUGGUACACCAAGCCCAAGAGUUUGAGCACCCCCGGUGUAAACGUUGUUGGGUGAACUAAACCCCCCAGCACUUCUGUUGACGUAACUUUCAUUGUUACAUUUUGACAGUUAAUGUCAUACUGAAACCAUUGUUAGAUGAACAUGAAUGUACCUGGUCUGCUGUCUAGCUUUAUUCAGAUUGAAGGUGUAUAGUUAAGACCACUUUUCCUUUGCGUACGAGGCAAUCUGUGUACAGAAUAUUUCACUCUCUCACAAUGCUUGUGAAGAUGUAAUUAUUGUGUAAAUGCUACUACUAUCCUUACGUUGCUUAAUGCUCAUGUUUUCUGUGCGUGCAGAUUUUUUCUUUUGUUUUUGCUGUUUGGUUUUGGUUAUAUAUACGGUGUGUACAGUGUGAUGCCUCAUAGACGUAAGAGUCCUGGUCAAAUGCUUUUAAUGGUUUUGUUUUUACUAAAGAACAAAGUAUACUGAUGAAUGUGGGGUCACUUCAGGGGCUCAGGAUCUUGUAUGAAACACAGGUAAUUGUAGAUCCAUAUUAGGGGUGGCUGCACCAUGGUUAUUUUCAAUCUAAGUGGUGGUGAUAAUGAAAUCAACAACUUCUUUAAAUACCAAUGUAUGUUUUUAAAGUACACGGUUGCCUGAUUGUUUCUGUCUUUUCCAUUUAAGGAGUUUAGUGAGUGACCUAACAGUGUUGCGUCUGUAGACCUGGGUAGUGCAAUUUUAGCUGUGUCUGUAGUCCAACAGUCUUCUGUCGUUGGUUAGCCUGGCUUAGUGGGCUAGGUUACGUUGUCUCACUAUGUGCGAGCUCUAUGGUACUCCGUUGUCUAUGGUAGCCCUGUUGUUUUCGUCUCUGGGUUAGAAGAUGAUUGUAUCAGCCUCCCGUCUGACUCUGUGUAGAAGAUGAUUGUAUCAGCCUCCCGUCUGACUCUGGGUAGAAGAUGAUUGUAUCAGCCUCCCGUCUGUCUCUGGGUAGAAGAUGAUUGUAUCAGCCUCCCGUCUGUCUCUGGUAGAAGAUGAUUGUAUCAGCCUCC